AAUUAAAUAAUUAAAUUUUUAUUAUUUGUACAUGUAUAGAUGUCCUAAUAUUGAAUAAUGAACGAUAUUGUACAAUCUGAAAAUAACACUUCUAGAUUUUUAACAAUCAAAAUUAUUUAUUAUUACUUAAGAACAUUUUGCGACCGGUUGUUGUAUAAUUGCAUGUCCGAAUGCGGUUGAAACGCGCGCAUGAUCCUGCGAGCGUCGGCCAUGACCGAAUCUUUGGAGCAAACCGGACCGGAGUAAACAUCGCGGUGAAGAUGAAUCAGGCGAACGUCGAGAAUCUAGUGAACAAAUUGAGAUACAAUGUCAAGCCACGUCGGCGGUUCCGAAAUCCCGACGGUCCGGAUGGACGUCUUCGCAAAUUCCAGAAAACCCUGACGGCGUUGAUCAAAUACGAGCGACUCGAGUUGAAUUAUACGAGGGCCGACGAGGCCAGAGGUUAUGUUGACCAGUUGAUAUUUGAGGCGAUACGCCAUGGACCUGCACACCAGGAGACCAUGGACAUGGCGAACUUCUGGAUACUCGAGAAGCAACUGGUGCACAAACUGUUCAAAGUUCUCGUGCCGAGAUAUCAGAAUUACACCACCUCGUUUACAAAACUUCACAAAGCGCCGAACAUAUAUCCCACGGGCCUUUAUGACAGGGCAAUUUUAGAACUCAAAGGAAAUAUAUACCCAAGCGUAGAACAGUACAAUCCGAAUGAACGAAAUUUACUUCAUAAUCUACUGCUCGAUGCGGCGAAGAAAGAAUAUAGGAUGGAAAAGUACAAAGAAGUCGCGGACAAUAUAAAGCAAUAGAAACAAAAGACAAGAAGAGUAAAUACUCUUGUGCACCGUGUAUGUAUUUUGUUAAUUGUUUAGCACUUUAUAUUAUUAAAAUAAAAGAGUAUAAAAUUCA